AGGAUGGCCGCGGACAGGGACUAUGAGGAGGAGGAAGUGUUGGUUUGACAGCUCCCUCUUUCCCUCUCGAAUAAUGAAUGAAGCGAGCUUCGAGCCGCCGGUGGCCAUGCACUGAAAGAGUGGUGGCCCGGUUUCCUGCACGGUCCCGAACAUGUCAUUUUUUAAGCGAAAAGGUAAAGCCAAAGGGGAGAAAGAGAAAAUAAUAGAGGCACAAAUCAAUAAAGUCCCAGCUUCCGUUUCAGUAGCGACCCCAUCACCAAGCAGAAACCAUGCACUUUUGGAAGCUGCAGGACCAAGCAAUGUGGCAAUCAAUGCCAUCUCUGCCAACAUGGACUCAUUUGCACGUGGCAGAACCGCAGUUCUUAAGCAACAGCCAAUUCAUAUGGAAGCCGCUCAUUUUGGAGACUUGGGUCACUCUUCUCUGAACUACAGAACCGAAGAGACUAACUCCAGACUUUCAAAGACCCUUGAGCAAGUCUUGCAGGACAGCGUUGCCCUUCCAUAUAUCAUCCAGUAUAUGGAGAUGCAAGGAGUUGGACAUAUACUUAAAUUCUGGUUGGAAGCAGAAAGUUUCCGUUCAACAAGCUGGUCUCGCAUUAGAGCCCACAGUCUCAACAUAGUAAAACAUAGUUCUUUAGCAGAACCUCCCUCUCCUUCAAGCAGACGUCAUAAUGUCGAUGGGCCAGUAUUACUUUACUCCAGCACCUCACCUGACCUGGAGGCAAAGGGUGAUCUGGUUUCACAAAGUGAGAAACUCUGUAUCACUAAUCCCAUAAGUUUGGACUGUGUAGAUAGAACUAAGGCAUCUCCAGAUCGCUCAUUUAACCAGGGUGGCAACGAUCUGAAUCUGUCACAUGUUGGGACAUCGCAAACAAUAACCAUUCAGACACAGGAUGCAAGUGAAGAAUCGAUCAAAUCUACAUCCAUGGUACAUCCACAUUCAACAGGGCUUAAAGGACUUUCAGACAGGCUGAUGAAAAGUAUAGAACGUGAUGCAGUUAAAAUAUUUACUAAAUAUAUUUCACCAGAUGCUUCCAGACCAAUUCCAAUUGUAGAAGCAGUGAGAAAUGACAUAGUUGCUAAGAUAUGUGGAGAAGAUGGACAAGUAGAUCCCAACUGUUUUGUUUCCGCACAAGCUGUAAUGUACGUUAUAAUGGAAAAAGAGCACUUUACAGAGUUUUUACGGAGUCACCAUUUUUGUAAAUAUCAAAUUGAAGUGUUGACAAGUGGUACUGUUUACCUGGCUGAUAUUCUUUUCAAUGAGUCAGCACUGUUCUAUUUUUCAGAGUACAUGGAGAAAGAAGAGGCUAUAAAUAUCCUGCAGUUUUGGUUAGCUGCAGAUAAUUUUCAGGCUCACCUUGCUGCUAAAAACGGGCAGUAUGAUGGUCAAGAAGCACAGAAUGAUGCCAUGAUCUUGUAUGACAAGUACUUCUCUUUGCAAGCUACGCACCCUUUAGGAUUUGAUGAUUCUGUUCGAUUAGAAAUCGAGUCAAAUAUCUGCAGAGAAGGUGGACCACUUCCCAACUGCUUCACCACUCCAUUAAGGCAAGCCUGGACAACAAUGGAAAAAGUUUACUUACCUGGUUUCUUAUCUAGUAAUUUGUACUACAAAUACUUGAAUGAUCUCAUCCAUUCAGUACGAAGCAAUGAUAUUGCAAAAGCCUUCACUUCGUUUCCUGGCCAAGGACCAAACAGCCCUCACGAACAUGAGUCAAACACGGGCACCCCUGAUAGUAGUACACCACAGCAUGGUGUCAGAAAGACAGCAAUAAAGAUCCUAAAAAACUUUGAUGAAGCAAUAGUAGUUGACGCUGCAAGCUUGGAACCAGAGUCUUUAUAUCACAGGACUUUUGCAGGGCGUAUGACAUUUGGGAAGAUAAAUGAACUUGGUCAGUUUAUAAGAGAGUCUGAACCAGAGCCAGAUGUGAAAAAAUCAAAAGGUUCCAUGUUUUCACAGGCCAUGAAGAAAUGGGUACAGGGGAGCACUGAUGAGGCCCAGGAAGAGAUGGCAUGGAAGAUUGCCAAAAUGAUUGUCAAUGAUGUCAUACAACAAGCACAAAGUGAGCCUCACAUUGUGAAGUCCACAAAGUGGACCAGAAUGUAAAGGAAACAUUUGUGUCUUGGCUAUGACUAGUGAAAGGAAGACCUGGUUCAUGUGUUCUCCUGUUCAAGUGGCUUCCCUCCACAUCCAGAAAAGGACUCCUUUCUGUUGACACAGCCGUGAUGCAGUGCCGUGAAUUACACAGUCUGAUGUUGCUCCGUUAUUUGUAAGAAGAAAACUGUGCACUCCAGGAUCUUCGGCCUCAAGAUGCGCACACGUUUCAAUGGCUCUAGAAGACAGGGUACUAUGAAGGGUUUUCUCAUGAAGUUUCUGCACUGAAAGGAUUUCAAAGCGCUCUUUAAAUCUGGGUUCUGGGUGUAUGGAUUUAGUACAUUUGCAGUGACUUAUCAUCGAGCUGUGCUGUGCUCUAAACACCACUCCAUUGGUUUGUUGCUGUCUGUUUCAUUGUCCAGCCUCUAGGUAACUUCAGGAUUUUUGUUUAAAAAUGUGACACAAGGUGGGGGGAAAGAAAUCUAUAUAUAAAUACGACUUUUGUAAAAGGAUUGGAAAUCUUGUGUUUCUGUAUAGUAUUUGAUAAGUGGUGAUUAGGUCCUCAGAUGUUACCUAAUUGUGUUGAGAUUGAGGAUUAUUACAGAAACAAACAAAUUAAGGCUGUGUCUAAGUUUUGGUACUAUGUACCAUUUCUAUGUUUUCAGAUGCAUAAGUAUUCCUGUACUUAAUCUAAAAUCAUACCUAUUUAAUUGUGUUUGAUUUAAAAUACAUAUAUUAUUGAGAAUGGUGUUAUUUAUAUUGUUUCUGUUCUGUUUUCUUGAGUCCUUGCAAGUGGUGAGAAACUGGUGGAGCCACUAAAGUCUUGCUCAAGUUCACAGUGACCUGGGGAGUUUCUUGUGCAGAGUAACCUGUAACUUUUAAAAGUUCCUUUCCUUCCUAAUGGUACAAGUGAUCACCACUAGUGUUCCACAUUUCUUUUGCAAUUAAAAAAAAACCUUCAACCUUUCUUCAUGUUAUUGUAGGAAAGACAGAUGAUAGUGCUGAAGAUGAGGUAACUGGUUUACACACAGAGGCAAUGUAUAGUGAGGAGAGGCUGUUGAUAGGGAAAAUUGCAGUCAACAGGAUGAGUUUCAGGACUGAAGGUGUUAUAUUUGAAUGCACAUAGUAUACCGAAUAAGGUAGAUGAACUUGUAGCAUAGUUACGUAUUGGCAUGUAUGACGUUGUCGGCAUCACUCAAUCAUGGCUGGGAGCCUUAUGUCCAAGGAUACACAUUGUAUUGAAAGGGCAGGAAGGCAGAGGGGGCAGCGUUGCUCUGUUGGUAAAAAAUGAAAUCAAAUCAUUAGAAAGAGAUGACAUAGGGUUAGGGAAGGUGUUGAAUCAUUUUGGAUAGAGCUAAGGAACUGCAAGAGGAAAAAGACACUGAUGGGAGUUGUAUAAAGUCCCCCAAACAGUAGUAAGGAUGUGGUCUACAAAUUACAAUGGGAGAUAGAAAAUGCAUGCCAAAAAGGCAAUGUUACAGUAGUCAUGGGGGAUCUCAAUAUGCAGGUAGGUUGGGAAAAUUAGGUUGGUACUGGAUUCCAAGAGGGGGAAUUUCUGGAAUGCCUAUGAGAUGUCUUUUUAGAGCAGCGUGUGGUUGAGCCCACUAGGUAAUCAGUUAUUCUGGAUUGGGUAUUGUGCAAUGAACUUGAAUUGAUUGGAGAGCUUAAAGUAAAAUAAUCCUUAGGAACAAGUGAUCAUGAUAUGAUCAAACUCACCCUGAAAUUUGAGAAAGAGAAGCUAAAGUCAGAUGUAUUUGUUGUACAGUGGAGUAAAGGGAAUUACAGAGCAUGAAAGAGGAGUUAGUCAGAAUUGAUUGGAAAAGAACAAUAGCAGGAAUGAUGGAAGAGCAGCAACGGCUGGAAUUUCUGGAUGCAAUUCGGAAGGCACAGGAGAUAUACAUCCCAAAGAUAUACAUCCCAAAGAGAAAGUAUUCUAAAAGCAAGAUGAUACAACCUUGGCUAAGAAGAGAAGUUAAAGCCAAAGGGAGGGCAUAUAAUAGAGCAAAGCUUGGUGGGAAGUGUUCCAGGUAUCAGAGCUCAUGAAUUGUGUGUAAAGUUACCAAUACUAAAGAGAAGGUUCUUGGGAAACUAAAAGGUCUGAAGAUAGAUAAGUCACCUGGACCAGAUGGUAUAUACCCCAGGGUUCAGGGUUCUUAAAGGGGGGCUGAAGUGAUUGUGGAGGCAUUAGUAAUGUUCUUUCAAGACUCACUAGAUACUGGAAAAUUACAAAUGUCACUCCACUCUUCAAGAAGGGAGAAAGACAGAAGAAAGGAAAUUAUAGGUCAGUUAGUCUGACCUCAGUGGUUGGGAAGAUGUUGGAGUUUAUUAUUAAAGGAUGAGGUCUCAGGGUUCUUGGAGCAACAUGAUAAAAUAGGCUGUAGUCACCCUAGUUUCCUCAAGGGAAAAUCUUGCCUGACAAAUUUGUUGGAAUUCUUCGAAGAAUUCAAAGAAUAAGCAAGAUAGACAAAGGAGAAUCAAUCGAUGUUGUGUACUUGGAUUUUCAUAAGGCCUUUGAAAGGUGCCACACAUGAGACUGCUUAAUAAGCUACAAGCCCAUGGUAUUACAGGAAACAUUCUAGCAUGGAUAAAGCAGUGGCAGAUUGGCAGGAGGCAAAGAGUGGGAAUAAAGAGAGCCUUUUCUAGUUGACUAGUGGUCUGUAGGGACUGAUUCUUUUUACGUUAUAUGUCAAUGAUUUGGAUGAUGGAAUUGAUAGAUUUUGUGGCAAAGUUUGCAGACAAUACAUGAUAGGUGGAGGGGCAGGUAGUUUUGAGAAAGUAGAGAAGCUACAGAAGACUUGGAUUAGGAGAAUGGGCAAAGUACUGGCAGAUGGAAUACAGUGUUGGGAAGUAUAUGGUCAUGCACAUUGGUAGAAGAAAUGAAAGGGUAGACUAUUUUCUAAAUGGAGUGAAAAUACAAAAAAAAACUGAGGCACAAAGGGACUUGGGAGUCCUUGUUCAGGAUUCCCUAAAUGUUAAUUUGCUGGUCAACUCUGUGGUGAGAUGGCAAAUGCAAUGUUAGCAUUCACUUCAAGAGGACUAGAAAGGAUGUAAUGUUGAGACCUUACAAAGCACUGGUGAGACUUCACUUGGAGUAUUGUGAGCAGUUUUGGGCACAUAUUUUAGAAAGGAUGUGCUGAAACUGGAGAGGGUUCAAAGUAAGUUCAUGGAAAUGAUUCCAGGAAUGAGUGGCUUGUCAUAUGAAGAACAUUUGAUGGCUCCGGGCCUGUACGUUCUGGAAUUCAGAAGAAUGAGGGGUAACCUAUCGAAUGUUGAAGGGCUUAGAUAGAGUGGGUGUGGAGAGAAUGUCUCCUGUGAUGGAAGAGUCUAAGACCAGAGGACGAAACCUCAGAAUAGAGGGGCAUCCUUUUAGGACAGAGGUAAAGAGGAAUUUCUUUAGCCAGAGAGUGAUGAAUCUGAGAAAUUCUUUGCCACAGGCAGCUGUGGAGGCCAAGUCCUUAUGCAUAUUUAAGGCAGAGGUUGAUAGAUUCUUGAUUGCUCAGGGCAUGAAGGGAUACGGGGAGAAGGCAGGAGACUGGAGCUGAGAGGAAAAUUGGAUCAGCCAUGAUGAAAUGGUGGAGCCUACUCUGUGCCAAAUGGCCUAAAUCUGCUCCUAUUUCUUAUGGUCUUAUUAUUUGGAACAUCUUUCUCAUUCUCACUUAUUUUCUUGCUUCUCAUCUCACUUUUUCACACACUUAUUCUGUGGUCUUCAAUCAGUUGGAAGGGAGACUUAGUGAAUAGAGGUUGUGUUUAUGUAUGCAGGCUCUUCAGCUCAGUCACGUGAGUGUAUAAAGUCUUCUUCCAUGCAAAAUGGAAUCACAAAGUAGAGAAUAUGGGUUUAAGGUGAGAGGGGAAAGAUUUAAAAGGGACACAAGGGGCAGCUACUUCACACAGAGGGUGGUGAGUACAUGGAAUGAGCUGCCAGAGAAAGUGACUGAGACAGGUACAAUACUAACAUUUAAAACACAAUUGAAGAGUUACACGGGUGGGAAAUGUUUAGAGAGAUUACAAAGUGGCUAGUUCAUUGGGAACAGGAGUGGAACCCAGUAGGGUCUUCAGCUGCUGUAGCCCACCCACAUCAAGGUUCGAAGUGUUGAGCGUUCAGAGAUGCUCUUCUGCACAGCAAUGUCAUAACAUGAGGUUAUUUGAGUUGCUGUCACCUUCCUGUCAGCUUGAACCUUUCUGUCCAGUCUCUUGUUUCCUCAAGGCAUUUUCGUCCAUAGGCUUUCACAUUUCACUCACUGGAUGUUUUUAUUUGUCUUUCACACCAUUCUCUGUAAACUCUAAGAGACUGCGCGUGAAAAUCCCAGGAGAGCGGCAGUUUCUGAAAAACUUUUAUUCACUGAGUUGCAACCACAUGAUUGACUGAUUAGAUAUUUGCAUUAACGAGCAGAUGGACUGAUUAAUGUGGCCACUGAGUGUAGAUUAAAUGUAGGGAAAUAGGACUAGAAUAGAUGGGCAUCUUGAUCAACUCAGAUGAGUUGCAUUUCCUCAUGCAUUUCUGAGUAUCCCGUCUAGAGCGACCAUCAAUUACCCACUUACACUAUCUCUACCGGAACCCAUUUUAUCUUCUCCACAUUCCUAUCACUCACCUACACGCUGGGGUUAAUUUAUAGUGGCCACUUACCUAACAGCCCACAUGUCUUCGGGAUGUGAGGGGGGACCAGAGCUCCCAGAGAAACCUUGUGUCUACAGGGUCAACACACAAACUCCAUGCAGACAAAAUAGGAGGUCAGGAUCAACCCUGCUGGAACUGUGUGGGCAGCAGUUUCACCAGUUCCUCCACAAAUGUAGUGGAAUGGCUUAGAAAGGCCUCUUUUCUUGGCAAUAAUUAAAAUAUUACCAUAGACAAACAACAAAGUAAGUGUGAUUAGUGAACCGGAACUGUACUAAACAUUAGACAAUGCAAAUUGGUUUAUUCAGUGGCUUUGAAAAUUGCAAUUCUUAUCAAAAUCCUAAUUCUCUGCUGUCCUACAACCUUAUUGGCUCAUUGGGUGGGCACAGAUCUAAACUUCAAACACAAUAUGCGCAUUGCCCGAGAGUCUGUCCCUUGAUCACAUCAGUCACUUUUUCAGCAGCUGAUGGAAUAAGGGAAGAAAAAAUGUCUUGUUCUCAUUACUUCCAAACCUGAGCUUUCUAUAUCUAUCGUGACUGUGUUCCAAGCUCCACAUGCUUGAGGACAAGGACUUCUGAAUCUCUCUUCAAAUCUUGAUCCAAAAGCUUGGAUAUUUCCAUAUACUGUACCCCACACCAGAUUCUCCCAUUUGCCCAGUGUGCCCGUAGGUCCUCCAGCUGCUGUCCUGUUCUGACAGCUCUUCUAAGUUUCCCCAACACCCCCAUUCUUCAUCUUUGUUUCCAAAAUGUCUUUUAAAACUUGUGCAUUCUGUCGCUGGGAUAUUCUGGUGUUUAUUGCAUUAAAGCCAUGUAAGUGUAAAGGGAAUAUAGAAGCAUCUCCCACUGGCCAUUGCAACUGUCCUGCACACAACAUGUAAAGAUACCAGUAACUUCAGUUUUGAGUAAGUGAAGUUGUUUAAUUUGAGAAAUUGGUUAAUCUCACAAUUCAAUGUGUUAGAUGUUGGUAACAAUGGGUUACAAAAAUGUUUAUCUCAAGCUGCUAGGAUAUUUUUGAAGUUCAAAUUAAAUUUAUUAUGGAAGCACAUGUAUGUCACCAUAUGAUAGCCAGAGAUUUAUUUUUUUUGCAGGCAUUCACAGAACAAAGAAAUGUAAUAGAAUUAAUGAAAAACUACUCAGACUGUGAAACAAACAAUGAGCAAAAGAAGGUAAACAGUGCAAAUAAAUAAAUAAAUAGUACUGAGAACUUGAGUCAUAGUAUCCUUGAAAGUGAGUCCAUAGGUUGUGGAGUCAGUUCAGUGUGUUGAUGUGAGUGAAGUUAUCCACGCUGGUUCAGGAACCUGAUGGUUUUACCCUAUUAGGUGAGCAGUGUCUUGCGUCCCUGAUGCAGGGUCUUGACCUGAAAUAACCAACCUUCUGCCCCCACAGAUGCUACCUGACCUGCUGAGUUCUUCCAGGAGAUUGUUUUAUACUCCGCAUCCAAGCAGCGGCCAUCUCUUGUGUCUCAUGUCUUAUUUGGGCUGGGCGGAGACCAAGAAGAAGUGAGUGACAGAUCAAUAGAAUAAUCCCCUGUGACAGGGUACUGGUAGUAUACAAAAAUAUAUUGAUCGACCAAAGUGUUAAUAAUCCCUAUAUUAUGUAAAAGUGUUUUCCUGGUUCUUAAAAAUACUGAUUUUACUCUAAGGCAUUUAAUUUACCCCAUCAGGGUAGUGCCUCUACUUCCUUAAGGGGUCUGCAGAGAUUCGGCGUGACAUUCAAAGCUUUGGCAAACUUCUGUAGAUGUGUAGUGGAGAGUGUAUAGACUGGCUGCAUCACAGCCUGGUAUGGAAACACCAGUGCCCUUGAACGUAAAAUCCUACAAAAUGUAAUGGAUACGGCCAAGUCUAUCACGGGUAAAGCUCACCAUGGGAUGAGCACAUCUACAUGAAACACUCUUGCAGAAAGCAACAUCCAUCUUUAGGGACCCCAACCACCUAGGACACUCUCUUCUCACUGCUGCCAUCGGGAAGAAGGUACAUAGCCUCAGGACUCACACCACCAUUUUUGGGAACAGUUACUACCCCUGAACCAUCAGGCUUUUGAACCAAAGGGGAUUGCUUACUUAUUUAUAUUAUUGUUUUUUUUUUCUUUUUGCAUUUGCACAGUUUGUUGUCUUCUGCACUCUGGUUGAAUGCCCUGGUUGGCAGUCUUUCAUUGAUUCUGUUAUAGUUGUUGUUCUAUAGAUUUGUUGAGUAUACCCACAAGAAAAUAAAUCUCAGGGUUGUAUAUGGUGACAUAUAUGUACUUUGAUAAUAAAACUUUGAAAAAUAUUCUGAUGUGAAGAGUGUUUAUAUUAAUAUACAGACUCUAUUCUCUCCACCUUCCCUCUACAAGACUGAACGGUUGACCCAGUUUCUCUCUUCACUGACAGUGCCUGAACUGCUGAGCGUUUUCAGCAUUUUCUCUUUGUUAACAUCAAGGCUGUUCUGUAUUCAAAUAUGGAAUGUUACUGAGUGAGGUGUAUGAUGCAAAUAACCUGAGGCAGAAAGAAAAAUGAGUGCAGAGAAACACUCAUCUAAAGUAGAUUUGUUAUCACAGUACAUGUAUGUCACCAUAUACUACCUGAGAUUCAUUUUUAUGUUUUCUUAUUUUAAUGAGAGACAGCGCGGAAUAGGCCCCUCCCGCCCUUCGAGCCGUGCCGCCCAGUAACCCCCGAUUUAACCCGAGCCUGAUCACGAGACAAUUUACAAUGACCAAUUAACCCACACCAACUGGUACAUCUUUGGACUGUGGGAGAAACUGGAGCACCCGGAGGAAAUCCACAGGGUGAACGUAACAAGCUCCUUACAGACAGUGGCGGGCAUUUUCAUGCAGGCAUUCACAGUGGAACAAAAGAAUACAGCAGAAUCAAUGAAAAGCUGCACACAGACUGGCAAGACAAACUGCAAAUACAAACAAUAACACUAAACAGAUACAAUAAAAUCAAUGAAAAGCAACCAAUGUGCAAAAGAAGGCAAACUGCAAAUGCCAAGAAGGUGAGUUGUAGAGUGCUUGAGAGUGAGCCCAUAAGGGGAGGUGUAAACUGGAGUAUACAAUGGCAGUGGGAAGUCAGCAGCACAGGAAGAGAUAAACAAUAUUUUCAUUGUGGGAAUUUGAUCUCUGCACAAACAGUAUGGCAUCAAUGACCUUAAGACUUUUCUGAAACACAUUGUCAACGUGAAACUGGUACAGAAACAGUUUACUUGAAAACAGAGCUCCCUCUGAAUUUGACAGCUUAAAAGAUUUAAUUCUGAUUAACGAUAUCAAUCUGGCAAAUCCAGUGGAGCUGAAAACAUCUUAAGUGUGCACCAGAAUGCAUUUAGUGCCCAUCAGAGUGCAAUACUACAGGUUUGGUGUGCACCUGGAAGCAUAAUAAAUACAGGAGGACCUUGGUUAUCUGCAGAAUUUGCAAUUAAGAUUCUUUAAUUAAAAGUGUGGCACUGUAGCCUAGCAAUCACUGACUGGAGUUCAAUUCCUGCCACUUCCUGUAAGGAGUUUGUAAUUCUGCUCAUGACCUCGUGGGUUUCCUCCAGGUGCUCUGGUUUCCUCCCACAUUCCAAAAAUCUCUGGUUAGGGUUAGUAAAUUGUAAGCAUGCCAUUGUUGGCGCCAAGUGCAUGGCAACACUUGCAGGGUGCCCAAUACAAUCCUCACUGAUUUGAUUUGACACAAAUAAUGCAUUUCACUGUAUGUUUCAAUGUACACGUGACAAGUAAAGCUAAUCUUUAAACCAAAAUAAAACUUAAACAAAACUAUUGAAGUUCACUAAUAUAGUCAUUUAUAUUGUCAUUGGACAAGACUAAUUCAGUGAGGAAUCUGCACCUGCUGGAACAUAAAAGCAACAAUUAGAGUAACUGGUUGGUUGCAACUAAAAUGGUCACAAUGUGAAGUUCUUAAGGCAGGUUUAUAGAUAAGAGGGAGAAUAGGCAAAACAGUAGACGGAAUGCAGCAUAGCAAGGUGUGGGGUUAUGCACUUCAGUAAGAAUAAAGGUGUAGACUAUUUUCUAACUGGGCAGAAACCUCAGAAGUCAAAGCUGCAUAGGGUUUUUGGAGUCCAUGUAACGGAUUUCCUCAAGGUUAACUUGCAGGCUGAGUUGGUGCUAAAGAAAAUGCACUAUUCCUUUCACAAGAAUGAAAAAGCAAAGAUGUACUGCUGAGGAUUUAUAAGGCAUUGGUCAGACCAUAUUUGGUACAUUGAGGAAUUUUGGACUGCUCAUCUCCCAGGAGAGGGCCCAGCAGAGGUUCACACAAACAAUCUCAGGAUUGAAAUGCUUAACACAUGAGGAGCACUUGAAUUCUCUUGGGCUGUACAGAAUGAAAGUUAUUAAAACCUACCGGAUACUGAGAGGACUGGAUAGAAUGGACAUGGAGAGGAUGUUUGCAUUGGUUGGAUAGUCUAGAAUCUGAGGAGCAUGGGCUCAGAAUUAAGGGCUGUUCCUUUAAAACUGCUGCUGCUGCUCUCACAGUGGGGAGGGGAGGUCAGUGCUUCUGCUGGCACAGAUGGAGAUGGGGGGCCAAU